GCCUAUAUAUAACAGCAGCCAGUAACAUGAAGACCUCAAACUUUCUUCAUUAACUCUCAAGAACAAGAAUAAGAACAAGAACAGGUUUACCAAGGUUCUUAUAUAUAGAGCAAACAUAUUAUUCUUGGAAGGCAAGAAACAUGAAUCAACAAGAAGCUGAGAGUACACUUGGACUUGAUCUGAAACUAAAUAUAAUGGAUUCAUCUUUGCCCAGAGAGAGCCCAUCUUCAUCGUUAUGCUCGGAGGAAGCUGAAGGUGGAGGAGGAGAGGCUGUGGUUGUUGGUUGUCCUAAUUGCAUCAUGUACAUCAUCAUGUCUUUGGAGAGUAACCCUAGAUGCCCCCGAUGCAACAGCCAAGUUCUGCUUAAUUUUCUCACAGGAAACUAUAGCAAGAAGAAUAGUAAUUAAGAAAAUGCCACUUAAGCAUGUUCUUUCCUUCUUAUUUUUCUUUUCUUGUUUAAUUGUUGCCACAUAUAUUGAUAGUUCAAAUCAUACGUGAUACGACGCACGGAUGUGUUCAUAAAACAUAAAUAUAUAUAUAUAUAUAUAGUCAUAUACACAUUUGUUUUCCAAAAAUUGUAUUAUUGUGCGAUGAAUAAUUAUUAUUCAUUAUUAC